AUGGCAGUACCAAAAACGACACAAUAUAUACCUGAUGAUUUGAAAGACGAGGAUUUAAUUAUUAACGAAGUAACGAUUGAAGUGGAAAGAGAGAAUCAAGAAGAAAAGGACAAACCUGAAGUAACAGAAAUAGAAAGAACAAUUAGUAACGACAGUCUUCAACCAACUAUUACUGAAAUUAUACCUGAAACCGACAUGGAUAUAUUAAGGAAAUCUUUAGAAGUUAAUACUGAUGACAAUGUAGAAAUACAAACAGAAGGUGAUCAUCCAAUACCGAAGAAAAACAAACGAGUUCUAAAAAAAAGCUAUGUUGAUUUUUUAAGUGAUGAUGAAGAUUUUGCUUGGGACUCAACGUCGUGGAAAGAAACAGAUGAGUCUUCAAGUGAUCAAGAUGAUCAAAGAAUAGCGAAGAAAAAGAAAAUAAGCAUAAAAGAUGGAAAAGUAGGAGAUGCAGGAUUAAAAAAGAAAAGGACAAAUAAGAAAAAGGUACGAAAAGAUGCUAGAUCAAAGGGCGUUCAAUAUGUUAAGGCAGAUGGUUCAAUUGUGAAAGAAAGAAAUAUGAAACCGAAUCCUUGCUUGGAAAAAAACUGUCCCUAUAACUGUAAAGAAAUACCCUCAGAAAAGAGAAUGGCCAUAUUUAAACAUUUUUGGGAAUUAUCUACAGAAAGAAAAAAACAGUGGAUCAUAUCUAUGUCUUCUAAACAAACCAUAAAAAGGAAGAGAUCCAAAGACUCUAAUUACAGGAAUAAUACAUUCUUUUAUUUCAUAAAUGAUGGAGAAGGUCGGCGACAAGUUUGUUUAAAGUUCCUCGUGAACACUCUUGAUAUCAGUCAAAGAUACAUUUAUUAUACAUUGACGACACAGGAACUUGGUAUGGCGAAAGAAGAAGGAAGAGGAAAAUGCAUUCCCACCAACAAAACAUCUAACGCAAUCAAAGAAUCAGUAAAAUCCUUUAUCAAAAGGUUACCUGCUAUACCAUCGCACUACUGCCGAAAGGAUAGCCCAAAACUAUAUCUGCCUGUUGAAUUCAAAAAUAUAAAAAAUUUAUAUCGAUGUUAUAAAGAAGACCUAAUUAGUAAAGGAGUGGAUGUUGUAUGUGAAAAAGUAUUCCGUCUAAUAUUCACUACUGAUUUUAAUAUUGGGUUUCACGUACCUAAAAAGGACAAAUGCAUAAAGUGCCUGCGAUUUGAAGGCCUGAAGCCAGAGGAUUGUGCCGAAUUGCAAGCUCAUUUUGACGAAAAAGAGGCAUCGAAGAAGCGGUUGGAUUGUCAUCGACAAUUAGGUAAAGAAAACCCUUCCAUUCUGUGCACUUCUUUUGACCUCCAAAAGGAUCUCAAUACGCCUCAUGGCAAUAAUAUGUUACUGUUUUAUUCUAGAAAGUAUGCUGUUUUUAAUUUAUGUUUCUACGAAAGCAUCACAAGGAACGGUUUUUGUUUUAUCUGGGGAGAAUCUGAAGCAAAGAGGGGUGCAAAUGAAAUUGCCACUAUUAUAGAGAAGUACAUACAGAAUGUUGAUUCUCGGGGCAACAUUAAAUUUUUGAUCUUGUAUUCAGAUUCUUGUCCUGGACAAAACAAAAAUAAAAUAGUUCUUGCAGCAAUACACAAUGCUUUAUUGCAACGACACGGAAAUGUCAGUAGAUAG